CCACAGCCAAUGGCUCCGGGGCGGGGGCAUUGCCCUGACUCCGACAGCUUCCAAGACCCGCUCCCCGGGCUAUGGCCGCGAGUGGCCGGCUGGUGCUAGGGACCCUUCCCCCGUCCAGCUGGGUGCGGGGCUCGGGCCCAGCAGUACUGAGCCGCCUUCGAGAGGCGGCCGUGGUGCGGCCCGGUUUCUUGAGCGCGGCCGAGGAGGAGACGCUGAGCCGCGAGCUGGAGCCCGAGCUGCGCCGCCGCCGCUACGAAUACGAUCACUGGGACGCGGGAAAGCACUUCGGAGAUGAGGGCAGGGCCAUAACUGGAGGCCGAUCUGGAACUGUGGGGUGUUUGGGAGACACGACCAAGGCCAUCCACGGCUUCCGAGAGACAGAGAAGUCACGCUGGUCAGAGGCAAGCCGGGCCAUCCUGCAGCGCGUGCAAGCGGCCGCCUUUAGCCCUGGCCAGACCCUGCUGUCCUCGGUGCAUGUGCUGGACCUGGAACCUCGGGGCUACAUCAAGCCACAUGUGGACAGCAUCAAGUUCUGUGGAGCCACCAUCGCUGGCCUAUCCCUGCUAUCUCCCAGCGUCAUGCGGCUGGUGCACACCCGGGAGCCGGGGGAGUGGCUGGAACUCUUGCUGGAGCCAGGCUCCCUCUACAUCCUUAGGGGUGCGGCCCGUUAUGACUUCUCCCAUGAGAUUCUUCGGGAUGAAGAGUCCUUUUUUGGGGGGCGUCGGGUUCCCAGGGGCCGACGCAUCUCCGUGAUCUGCCGCUCCCUCCCUGAGGGGAUGGGACCAGGUGAGCCUGGGCAGGCGCCCCCAGCCUGCUGAACACCAGGCCCUUCCCCCAGCUUCUCCCCUCCAGAGACUUCAUGUUUGUGAAUAAAGUGGGGAAAUGGACAGA